AUGCCUCCUAAAAAGCCUAAAUAAAUUGAUCCUCAAUUAUAAUAGGUAUUUAUUUAAGUAGUAAAAUAUAGGAACAAUUUGAGAAAUGGAAAGAGAGUGAUGAGUUUAGAGUUUGGAAUGAACUUAAAAUAAUCUCGAAAUCACUUGACACUAAUAUUUCUGAAACAACCAAAGAUUUAACUGGAAAUUGGCAAGUAAAAUUCAUGUAUAUAAAGAUAUAUCACAAUAAAUUGUUUGAAUUAUGCUAAGUAUUUAAGUGCAAACCCAAAUUUAAAUACAUUGAUCAUAUUCAUAUUAGAAGUGCAUUCUUUGCUUAAGAAGACAUUGAAAUAAAUAAAUAAAUAAUAAAACAAUAUAUAGAUGGGAUAUAUUGUUCUGUAGAAAAGUUAGAUAAAGAUCGUGGAAACCAUGUAAAAUAAGCUUUUGCAAAAAUAUACAGAAGUAAUUUAAAGAAAUUUAUAUUAUUUUAGCAUUGGAGGAUCAUAAAUUUUUAGAGAUGAGUGCAGAAAAUUAUUAAGCAGAAAGAAAAAACUUAUAAACUUUAUUAAAUGAGUUUUCUAAAAAAUUACCUAUUUUAAUUAAGAUUAGUCAUAAACUUAUAGAAGAACGUUUGAUGUAAGUAACAGCAGCAUUGAGAGCACUCUUAGAAAUUAAUAAGAAAUUAAUGUUUUUUGAUUUGAGAAAUACUACAUAACGAGAUCGGAUGAUAAGAGAUUUUAUAAUGAAAGCAGAUAUUGAAUAAUAUUGCAUUUGUUUAUAAGAAUGUUAAAGAAUCUUGCUUGAAUCAUAAGCAAUAAAAGCAAAUCCUAAUGUUAAGCUUAUUUUUAACAAAUUAGGUUAUUAAAAUUGGUAAGCUAUAUUUAUAUGUAUAAAUUUAGGUAAGAUAAUAAAAUAGAGUCUUUUUAUCUGAAACCAUUACUUGAAGCAUUUGAAAAAAUGAGAAGGAAUUUAUUAUGUUUGAUGUUAAAAGGAAUAAAUUAUUAUAAAGCACCUUUAAUGGAUAAUCAAGUAUAUUUAUAUAAGAUUAUAGUAAUUUGUAAUUGAUAUAAAUGAAGUCAUAAAAGCANUUUAUAAAAAAUAUAAUAAUAUUUUAUAAUAUAUAUUUAAUGCCUCCUAAAAAGCCUAAAUAAAUUGAUCCUCAAUUAUAAUAGGUAUUUAUUUAAGUAGUAAAAUAUAGGAACAAUUUGAGAAAUGGAAAGAGAGUGAUGAGUUUAGAGUUUGGAAUGAACUUAAAAUAAUCUCGAAAUCACUUGACACUAAUAUUUCUGAAACAACCAAAGAUUUAACUGGAAAUUGGCAAGUAAAAUUCAUGUAUAUAAAGAUAUAUCACAAUAAAUUGUUUGAAUUAUGCUAAGUAUUUAAGUGCAAACCCAAAUUUAAAUACAUUGAUCAUAUUCAUAUUAGAAGUGCAUUCUUUGCUUAAGAAGACAUUGAAAUAAAUAAAUAAAUAAUAAAACAAUAUAUAGAUGGGAUAUAUUGUUCUGUAGAAAAGUUAGAUAAAGAUCGUGGAAACCAUGUAAAAUAAGCUUUUGCAAAAAUAUACAGAAGUAAUUUAAAGAAAUUUAUAUUAUUUUAGCAUUGGAGGAUCAUAAAUUUUUAGAGAUGAGUGCAGAAAAUUAUUAAGCAGAAAGAAAAAACUUAUAAACUUUAUUAAAUGAGUUUUCUAAAAAAUUACCUAUUUUAAUUAAGAUUAGUCAUAAACUUAUAGAAGAACGUUUGAUGUAAGUAACAGCAGCAUUGAGAGCACUCUUAGAAAUUAAUAAGAAAUUAAUGUUUUUUGAUUUGAGAAAUACUACAUAACGAGAUCGGAUGAUAAGAGAUUUUAUAAUGAAAGCAGAUAUUGAAUAAUAUUGCAUUUGUUUAUAAGAAUGUUAAAGAAUCUUGCUUGAAUCAUAAGCAAUAAAAGCAAAUCCUAAUGUUAAGCUUAUUUUUAACAAAUUAGGUUAUUAAAAUUGGUAAGCUAUAUUUAUAUGUAUAAAUUUAGGUAAGAUAAUAAAAUAGAGUCUUUUUAUCUGAAACCAUUACUUGAAGCAUUUGAAAAAAUGAGAAGGAAUUUAUUAUGUUUGAUGUUAAAAGGAAUAAAUUAUUAUAAAGCACCUUUAAUGGAUAAUCAAGUAUAUUUAUAUAAGAUUAUAGUAAUUUGUAAUUGAUAUAAAUGAAGUCAUAAAAGCAGAAUUAAUAAGUGAACAUUUACUAGGAUCUCCAUUAAAAAGAGACUAAAUCAAUUUUGUAUAUAAAGUAUUAAGCGUAAUAUUUCAUGCAAAUCCUUAAGCAAGAGAGUUUUUGUAAAAGAAAGAUGAGAAUUGUAUAAAGGGUAGCAUUCCAAAAUUAAUUGUCUAUCACACAAUAUUAUAUAUGAGAGCUUGGCGAGAUAGAAAAAAAGAAGAUGAUUUAAAGUAGUAGAAAUAAUAAGAAUAAUCAGAGUUUUUUAAAUAAACUUAACUUUAAUAUUCAUAAUUAUAAAGUACAUCAGAUGAAAAUUUGGCUAAUGCUUAAUAAAGUGUUUAUAUUUCUCCAGAAAGAAAAAGAUAAUUAGAAGAGGAAUAAAAAAGAAAAGAAGAGGAAUAAAAAUUGGCAGAAGAAACAGCUAGAGAAAAAGAACAAUAAUCAUUGAUGGAAAAAUAUGGAAGAUAUUGGUUAUGGGAAUUUUAUUGUACUUAAGAAAAUAGAUAAAUAUUUGAAGAUUGUGUAGAAAGAGUUCGGCAUAUUAAUAAAGCAGUAUAAUAAGAUAUUGAAGACGAAAUCAUUAAAGAAGGUAUGAUACCAAAGUAUAUAACAUAUUAUUAAAAUCUUUAUUAGGAUUCGAAGUAGAUAAUUACAAUAAAAUGAUCCAAGUUUAUUAUUUAAUGAAUUAAGAAAGAAAGAUUAUGAUAAUCAAUAUGUUUUAAUGAGAAGACCUCCAGAAUUAUGGAAUUAUCCAAAGGUAAUUGAAGAAGAACAUUAAUUCAGAGCAAUAGCUGAUCCUAAAAAAUGUUAUAUAGAUUAAAGAAUAGAAAAUUUAGAAGAGAGAAUUAAUUAAUUAGCAAAUCAUCUUUAAACAUAAAAACCAUAAACAUGGAGAGAAUUAAUAGAAAGAGUUGUUGAUGCAUUAAAAGAAACUUACAUUUAAGAACCCACUUAAAUUGAUGAAUAAUGA